GUGUUUGGUGGGACAAGUGAUUGAGCUUCAGCCGUUGCCUUUUUAGCUGUCUACCGCCGUGCCAGAUUAAAUUACAACUUUACCACCAGACACGGAUAACGGUCAGCUAGAUUCACCACAAUACGUGGCUACCCCGGCAACUUGCUGUUAGUUGCCCAAAAUACCUACCCAAAGAAACCCUUUGCUUUGUAUGGAAGCGGUCAGCAUCACUAACGGGGUUCACGUUAGGUUUCUCCGGAGAUAAUGAGGAACGUUAUUGUGCUAUCACUGCUGCUGCUAAACAUACAUCAUGUCAUAUCGGCACCCAAAGGCGUCACUGCCAGUCUGAAAGCAAAGUGGAGCAUGACGCCUUUCCUCCUUGAGACAAGUGAGUUUAUCGGAGAAGAUGGGAAUGAGAAAUUCUGGAAGUUUGUUGACACUGUGAAAGAGCUCACUGUAUACAAGCAAGGAGAGUCUGUGCGCUCGUACUACAACUUGAUCCUGAAGAAGGCUGGCCAGUUCCUCACAGAUCUUCAAGUUAAUCUCCUCAAAUUUGCUCUGGCCCUACGCUCGUACUCACCAGCUGUUCAUGCAUCCCAGCAGAUAGCCAGUGAUGAGCCUCCACCUGAAGCUUGCCCUGCCUUUGUUUCCAUCCAUGGUCAACAUAGCUGCAGUAGCAAGGACAUCAAGAAACUCCUGAAGGCAGCUGCAGGCAGGCCAAAACCAUAUUUAUUUAGGAAUGAUCACACAUAUCCAGGGGUCAAUAAAACAGAUGGGCCAGUUGUGAUCCUCUAUGCUGAGAUUGGAACUAAGGACUUCACCUUGUUUCAUAAGGUGCUGUCAGAGAAGGCUGGAGAGGGCACGCUUAUAUAUGUGCUGCGGCAUUUUGUAGCGAAUCCAAAGCCUCGAAAGAUGCUUUUAUCUGGCUAUGGUGUUGAGCUGGCUAUCAAAAGCACAGAAUACAAAGCUGUGGAUGACACCAAAGUUAAAGAUUCAAAGACCGUUAAUAAUGCUGAGGAUGAUAAUAUUGAUGAAGUCCAAGGGUUCAUUUUUGGAACAUUAAAGAAAUCUCACUCUGAACUCCAAGAGCAACUAGUUGAGUUUCGCAAACAUCUCCUGGAGAGUACCGAUGACAUGGUCCCUCUCAAAGUGUGGGAAAUGCAAGAUCUUAGUGUCCAGGCAGCCGCCAAAAUCAUGUCCGUGCCAAAGUUUGAUGCCUUGAAGCUCAUGCAAGACCUCAGUCAGAACUUUCCUAGCAAAGCCAGAUCACUGACAAGAGUGGCUGUAAAGCAGGAAAUGAGAAAAGAAAUUGAAGAGAACCAAAAGCGUCUCAGUGAGACCAUUGGUCUUCACCCAGGAGACGGGGAGCUCUUCAUCAACGGACUGCACAUUGAUCUGGACAUUCACAACCCUUUCAGCAUUUUAGAAAUCCUCAGAGGAGAGGCCAGGGUCUUAGAGGGGCUUCAUAACCUAGGCAUAAAAGGAGACCAUCAGGGGAAGCUGCUGAGGUUGCCUGUGAACGCUGUGGAGGACAGCUAUGCUUUAGAUAUCAGACAUCCAGCAAUAAUGUGGUUAAAUGACAUAGAGAAUGACCCAGUAUACCGCAGCUGGCCAACAGGGGUACAGGAGCUCCUCAGAGCCACUUUUCCUGGAGUCAUCCGGCAGAUCCGACGCAAUUUCUUCAACCUGGUGCUGUUCCUAGAUCCAAUACGGGAAGAAAGUGUUGAGCUUAUGAAACUAGCAGAGCUGUUCUACAAGCACAAGAUCCCCCUGAGAAUUGGAUUUGUGUUUGUUGUCAACACCAAGGAUGAGAUUGAUGGCUUCUCAGAUGCAGGGGUUGGAUUUUACAGAGUGCUAAAUUACAUUGCAGAUGAGUACGAUGUAUCCCAGGCUCUGUUGUCCAUGGUCUCAUUGUACAACAAAGUAGAUGCCGGGAAGAUGCUGUCUGCUGAUACAAUUUCUGCUCACCUGAAGAGAAAAUUCCCUAAAGCCAAUGCUGAAAGGAUUCUUGGUAUAGAAUCCGAGUAUGACGACAAAAGAAAGCACGGUGCCCUCUUCUACAAAAAAAGUGGCCUAGGUGCACUACCACUGGCUUUAUUUAAUGGAGUCCCUCUGAGCCCGGAUGAGAUGCACCCAGACGAGCUGGAAACCAUCAUCCUGCAGCGCAUAAUGGACACCACCACCGCCUUCCAGAGAGCUGUCUAUAUGGGUCAGGUGACUGAUGGCUUAGAUGUGGUGGACUAUCUAAUGGAGCAGGCCAAUGUGGUUCCCAGGGUGAACCCUUUUAUUCUAAGCACUGACCGGAAGUACCUUGAUUUCACUGCUCGCCCAGUUGUAGAUGACUGGGAGGAUGCAACUAUGUUUUCAUACUACGACUCCAGAGACAAAACCGCUGUGAUGGCUAAGAGAAUGAAGUACUUUACAAAUAGUGAUGAGGAUGGGAUGAGUGCUGUGACCAUAUGGAUAGCUGGAGAUUUUGAGAAGGUCUCAGGAAGAAAACUGUUGUUCAAUGCUCUGAAACAUAUGGCCAGCCCUGGAGUGCGUGUGGGGGUGAUAGAUAACCCCAGUGGAAAGCCCAGUGAAGAUAACACUGUGCUGUACAGGGCUAUCUGGGCCUCUCUCCUCACCCAGAAGACUAAGGCUACCGCAGAGUUUGUACAAAAACUCCUGAAAGAGGAGAGCAGCCAGCUCCUCCAAAAAGGGACCAAGAUGAAGGACUUAUUAAUUCAGGGCAUGGACAGAGAUUCCUUUGAGAAAAAGUUCAACACACUGGAAGUGGAUUUUAUUCGUAGUCAGCAGCUGUUUUGUCGAGACGUCCUGAAACUGAGCCCCGGACAUCAGGCAGUGAUCAGCAACGGCAGAAUCCUCGGUCCAUUUGAAGAGCAGGAAGAAUUCACUGUAGAGGAUUUCCACUUGCUGGAGAAGAUUACACUGAGCAGUUCUGCAGAGAAAGUCAAAGCCAAAGUUAAACUGAUGGGGAUGAAGCCAAAGCACGCUAGUGACUUAGUCAUGAAAGUUGAUGCCCUCCUAACUGCAGCCCCCAAAGGAGAAGUCAGGAGGGAUGUCCAUUUUAUCAAAGACAGCCACAGUGUGCUCCAUCUCUCCCCACGUGAAAAUGAGGUGUUCUAUGAUGUUGUGGCCAUUGUGGACCCCCUGACUAGGGAAGCACAGAAGAUGUCUACUCUACUGAUUGUGCUCAGUCAAGUGGUCAAUGUGAGACUGCAGGUGUUUAUGAAUUGCAGGGCCAAGUUGUCCGAGAUGCCCCUCAAGAGUUUCUACCGCUUUGUCUUGGAGUUUGAUGUGAAUUUCUUGGCCAACGACACAGUGUCCCCAGGACCAGUUGCCCGCUUCAUGGAGCUCCCGGAAUCUCCCCUUCUCACCCUUAAUAUGAUCACACCAGAGAGCUGGAUGGUGCAAGCUGUCCGCAGCCCCCAUGACUUGGAUAACAUCCACCUGCAGGAGGUGAGCGCGGUUGUGACAGCAGAAUAUGAGCUGGAGCACCUCUUGCUGGAGGGCCACUGCUUUGACCUGUCAACCGGCCAGCCUCCCCGUGGACUGCAGUUCACUCUGGGCAUGAGUCGGGACCCGCUGAUGUAUGACACUAUUGUCAUGGCUAACCUGGGAUAUUUCCAGCUGAAAGCCAAUCCUGGUGCCUGGAUCCUGAGGUUACGUAAAGGGAGAUCAGAGGAUAUCUAUGAGAUUCUCACGCAUGAUGGAACUGAUUCCCCUGCAGAUGCUGGUGAUGUCAGUGUUGUGCUGAACAGUUUCCACAGUAAGAUCAUCAAAGUCAGAGUGCAGAAAAAGGCCGAGAAGAUUAAUGAAGAUCUUUUAAGUGAAAAUAGUGAAAGCAAAGGCUUAUGGGACUCCAUAGCAAGGAAAUCUUAUUCCUCCUCUCGACCAAGACUGCAAUAUUAUGCUGUAAGAUCUAGUCUUGGAAAAAAUAUGUGCUUCUGUAGCAUCACAGGUGGUGGCUCCAAGAAAAAGGAUGGAGAGAAGAAGAAAGAGGAUGUUCUAAAUGUAUUUUCUGUGGCCUCAGGCCAUCUGUAUGAGCGCUUCCUGAGAAUAAUGAUGCUAUCUGUCCUUCGGCAUACAAAAACACCUGUCAAGUUCUGGUUCCUCAAGAAUUACCUCUCCCCAUCUUUCAAGGAGACCAUCUCUCACAUGGCAGAGUCGUAUGGCUUUCAGUUUGAAUUGGUACAGUACAAGUGGCCCCGUUGGCUCCACCAGCAGACUGAGAAGCAGCGCAUUAUCUGGGGAUACAAGAUCCUCUUCCUGGAUGUUCUCUUCCCCCUGGCUGUGGACAAGAUCAUCUUUGUGGACGCCGAUCAGACCCGCUCUCCAGGCUACACAAUCAUCGGGAAGACAUCUGACUUGACAGUUGUCCAAAAGACAACCAUUGACACCUUGCACAAGGAGGGCAAGACACAAAAGGUCAUUGCUAAAGAGGCGGGCUGUUCAUAG